AUGGCAAAAGCACGUGGCAGCAUCAGAUCCACAAACCCACCUGCCCCACCUCCAUCCGAUGCUAUGCCAUCCUACCCGAAGCCUGCCCAACUCUCACGCCCUCCAUCCACAACCCCUGCCACUGCCGCUGCUCUUUCUAUCCUGGAGCUUGCUAGAUCCGACCCACCACCAGCUGCAGCUCCUAAGCAUCCCAUGGUCACCCGUGCUAAAACAGGUCACCUAAAGCCUCGCACAUUCUCCACCGUGGUUCCUCCAGCUGCUCCAUCUUCAUAUUCGCAAGCUAGCUCAGAUCCAUAG